AUCUUAUUAAUGUUUGAGUGAAUGUAAGGAGAAAAUGAUGCAGGGUUGAUUGUUGAGUUUGUUAGUCUGGAGCUUGUUGGAAUUUAUAGACUCGUCUUGGAAUCUGUGUUGUUGUCGUUUUUAUACCUUUUCCAGCGCCGUUGUGUCACUCCAUGCUUAGGCUUUUUAAUCGCUAAACUGUUUAAACAGCUUUAUCGCAGGGCUCGCUUUUUUAAUUGAAAUGGCUGAUACUGCAGAAGUACUAAGGAACAUUAUGUAGUAGCGGGGCUGGGAUUAGAUUUUUGGAGAAGUAGGUUGGGAAAACCAGGACAAAGAUUAAAGAAGAAUGCCUACAUAAAAUAGUCUGGGAACUUCCUUUUUUUGCCACAGACCAUGCAUGUUCCUGUCAAACUUGGCUCCCAGCAGAAGAGGAAUGUCUUAUCUCUGCCGUGAUCCUGAGAAUUGAAGGCAUGCCACCUCAGCAGGACCGCGGCAAUAGGCGUUUGUUGUGUUUAUAACUGUCAUGCUCGCAUAAACAAAGUGAGGUUCUCUGGUGGCCACUAUUAACCCUCCCACAAUAAAACAAGCAGAAAACAACAAAAAAAAAAAGAACAUCUGUUCACCAGGAAAUAUGGCUUCUGUGUGGAAAAGAUUGCAACGUGUUGGGAAGCAUGCAUCCAAAUUUCAGUUCGUGGCUUCGUACCAGGAGCUUAUGGUAGAAUGCACGAAGAAAUGGCAACCUGACAAGCUCGUCGUGGUGUGGACGCGGAGGAGUCGGCGGAAAUCUUCCAAGUCUCACAGCUGGCAGCCUGGAAUUAAAAACCCUUACCGGGGUGUUGUGGUGUGGCCUGUUCCUGAGAACAUCGAGAUCACAGUCACCCUCUUCAAGGACCCCCAUGCAGAAGAGUUUGAAGAUAAGGAGUGGACAUUUGUCAUUGAGAACGAAUCUCCUUCUGGGCGUCGAAAAGCCCUGGCUACCAGCAGUAUCAACAUGAAGCAGUAUGCCAGCCCGAUGCCAACACAGACCGAUGUGAAGCUGAGAUUCAAGCCUUUGUCUAAGAAAGUGGUAUCCGCCACGCUGCAGUUCUCUUUGUCCUGCAUCUUCCUGCGGGAGGGCAAAGCCACGGAUGAAGACAUGCAGAGCCUGGCCAGCCUGAUGAGCAUGAAGCAGGCUGACAUCGGCAAUCUGGACGACUUUGAAGAGGAGAAUGAGGAGGACGAAGAAAACAGAGUGAACCAAGACGAAAAGGCAGCAAAGAUUACAGAAAUAGUAAACCAGUUGAAUGCCCUCAGCAGCUUAGAUGAAGACCCAGAUGACUACGUAAAGCAAGCAAAUAAACCUGCUAAGUCAGCCAGUUCUUCUGAAGAGCUCAUCAGUAAACUUAACUUCCUGGAACACGAUGAUCAAGACGUUUCUAACAUGAGCGCAAACCCAUUUGGCGAUUCAGACGACACCGAGUUAAAUCCAUUUGGGGAACCUGAUGACGAAGAGCCACCCAAAAUUACAGUUACUCAACAAAAGAAAGAAGAGCUGUUCUCCAGUCCUGACUCCUCAAACCCCUUUGAUGAGGUGGGGGCUGAAACUCUGCAGUACAGCAAUCCGUUUGACGAGCCGGAACCGGAGCCAGAACCAGAACCAGUCAGGGACACAAAGAUGGAACCGUCUCCUCCUAAGUUCUCCAAGAGGAAGAAUGUGCGCCCGGUGGAUAUGAGCAAAUACCUGUAUGCAGAUACCUCUAAAAAUGAGGACGAGGAACUGGAUGAGUCCAAUCCCUUCUACGAGCCCAAGGCACUGUCGCCGAGCGGCCUGCUGCUCCCCCCAGCCGACGGUGAACCCGAGAGGGCCAAGAAGAGGAGGGCGCCCUCGCCUCCUGCCAGCACGGCAGAGACGGUCGCCGGGAGGUCUGCCGCUUUCCCUGCUCCUGCAGCGAAGGAGGCGCCACGGCCUUCCCCAAAGCCAAGCCCAGUCCCAAGCCCUGUUCUGGGGAAGAAGCCAAAUGCCAGUCAGUCACUGCUUGCCUGGUGCAGAGAGGUUACAAAAAACUAUCGAGGGGUGAAAAUCACCAACUUCACCACGUCCUGGAGGAAUGGUUUGGCCUUUUGUGCAUUACUGCACCACUUCAGGCCUGAUUACAUUGACUACAAGUCCCUCAAUCCUCAGGAUAUUAAAGAAAACAACAAAAAGGCUUAUGAUGGCUUUGCCAGCCUGGGAAUCUCUCGGUUACUGGAGCCCUCAGACAUGGUGCUGCUUGCGAUUCCUGACAAGCUCACUGUCAUGACCUACCUGUAUCAGAUAAGGGCUCAUUUCAGUGGGGAAGAACUGAACGUGGUGCAGAUUGAAGCCAAUAGCAGUAGGAGCACCUACAAAGUUGGGGACUUUGAAACGGACACCAACAGCUCCAUUGAUCAGGACAAGUUUUAUGCUGAGCUGAACGAGGUGAAUCGGGAACCAGAUUUCCAGACCGAAAAUGGUGUCGAGGCCAGCGCCCCAACUCGGGAAGAGCCUGUGCUCAUCAGCAGCGCCGCUGUUGGAGAACAAAAGAGUGACGGCCCAUCACCAGCUCUUAGUCCAAGUCCCAGCAAGGAAUCUCCCACCUUCCCCUCGAUACGGAACCAAACUAGUAAUUUACAGCCGAGUUCCACUGGUGGUUUUGCAGCGGAGGAGCUUCGGGAAAAUGAGAGCAGAGUUGUGGCACAAGCGCAGCCAUCCCUUAGGGAGCAGAGACUGCUUAAAACAGCCGCCUCAGAAUUGAGUGACUUACAGCAUGUCAGCGAACAAAAGCAGGAGGCAUCUCCCAUACUUCCAUGUGAUGUUCCUGGCAAGGAGAAAAGGGAGAUUUCUGGGGCCACUGGUGGCUCUGUGGAGAAGGACAAGGGUGGGGUUUUGGAGAGCAGAAGUCCUGAACUGGGUUCCCCCAUCCGGAAGGCUGGAACCUGUCCUCCGCAAAAACUUGGCUUCUCUUACAACCGCGACGCCGACCUCAUCAAGAAAAAGCGGGCCAGCCUGAGGCACUCUGACUCUGAAGCCACCUCGGACAUCACUUCCACUCUCAACCACACAGACACACAGGUCACAAAACCCUCACAGGUUCCUUCCACCCAGCAGUCAGGUGGCACUGAUGAAAAGAGAACACAGUCCCGACAGGAGGAGCUGAAGGAGAGAGCCCGGCUCCUGCUGGAGCAGGCCCGGCGGGACGCUGCCAUGAAAGCUGGGAGCAAGCAGGCCCCAAGCAGCUCCGUCACUCCGCCCCGCGGCACGCAGCUCUCGGAGCAGCAAGAUGAAGAGCGACGGCGGCAGUUGAGGGAGAGAGCUCGUCAGUUAAUAGCAGAAGCUCGAUCUGGUGUGAAGAUGUCAGAACUUCCCAUCUACAACGAAAUGGCUGCAGAAAAGCUGAGAGGGAGGUCAAAGGCAUCUGGAGAUUUGGGGGAGCAGGCUGUUUCUGAGGAGCAGGAGGUGGAGGAUAAUGUAGAUACUAACGAUGAGGAACCCCCUGUGUGCUCCUCUGUAGGAGCAGGAGAUGAAUUUACUAAUCUUAAAAGUGACCUUGUGUCUUUUGGUGGACAGAACAGUAGGCACGUGGACCUGAAGCUCCGAGAGUUUCUGGAAACUCGUCCGCAGGCGGUGAACUCAUUCUCCUCGGCGCCGGCGGCAGCACCGAAGGUCCCUACUGACGGCACGAAAGAGGAAGGACUCAAGAAUAAUGUGGAAGACAUGCGAACAGAGAGAUUGCGAAAAGCUACCGAGCGUCUGCGCAGUCCUGUGGUUUUCAAUAAGGAGUCUACUGUUAGGAAAACACAGCUGAAGUCUUUUAGUCAGUAUGUGGAAAACCGGCCAGAGGUAAAAAAGCAGAGAUCAGUACAAGAAGAUUCAAAGCAGGAAAAUGAAGAGAGGGUGCCAAUAACUGAAACAGAGCACAAGCCAUCUGAAGAUGAAAAAGGGUUCAAAGACACCAGUCAGUAUGUUGUUGGAGAAUUGGCAGCGUUGGAGAGUGAGCAAAAGCAAAUUGACACUCGGGCCGCACUGGUGGAGAAGCGCCUCCGCUAUCUCAUGGACACAGGAAAUAAUAAAGAGGAGGAAGAAUCCAUGAUGCAGGAGUGGUUUACACUGGUCAACAAAAAGAAUGCUUUGAUACGAAGACAGAACCAGCUCUCUCUUUUGGAAAAGGAACAUGAUCUUGAGAGGCGGUUUGAGCUGUUGAACCGGGAGUUGCGGGCUAUGUUGGCGAUAGAAGACUGGCAGAAGACAGAAGCCCAGAAAAGACGAGAGCAGCUUCUUCUGGAUGAACUCGUUAUUCUGGUUAAUAAACGAGAUGCUCUGGUCAGGGACUUGGAUGCCCAGGAAAAACAGGCUGAAGAGGAGGACGAACAUUUGGAAAGAACUCUGGAACAAAACAAAGGCAAAAUGGCUAAGAAAGAAGAAAAAUGUGUCAUUCAGUGAUUCCCAUCAAAUGAAAAAAAAAACUGUAUCUUUGUAAUACCAACUCUUUUAGAACUUUACUCAGUUAUAUAAACCUACAGUCCCAUAAUCAUAUUGGUCCCCAAACUGUGUAAUAUUUUGUUCAUAGUUUAAUAUGGUCCCUUCACUGCUUUAUAUGGUUUUCAACAGAAAUCCAGCUGUUUUUAUUAAAUCAGAAGGUACCUGUACUUAAACUUUCAUGCGCAAAAAGGUAGAAGAUGUGGCUUCACGCUCUCAAAACACUUUGAAAUGGAUAUGAUGUGAUUAAAUGGUUAAUCAAGAAUAUUUCAACUGUAUUUUGUUUAUUAUUUUUAAUAAGAGCUCCUGCAAAAAGCACAGUGUUGUUGAUCCAAAUGUGUAGUUAUGGGGAAGGGUAAAAUGAAUCGUUGGAAAAUAAAUCGAAUUGUUACAUUAUUAAUAGGUAACCAAGAUAUUAAAAAAACUGUCAACAGUGGAAGAAAAAGGAAAUUUCAAUGAGAAAAACUUUGUAUUGACUUUAAAUAUUUUAUGAUGGCCCUGAAGUCUUUUAAUUACUGUAUAAGUUGCUUCAAUGUUUUUUUUUAUUUAAGAAAUCUUAAGGAGAAGGAAAGAAUAAUAUUUAAAAAUAAGGACAUUAUUCAUUUUUACGUUAAAGUUUAGCAGAUUUUUUAGAGAAACUGGUCUGUUUAGAAGAGAGAGAGCAGUAUCUGUUGUAUACUGUAAUUGCUAUGAGGUUAAGUUAGUUUGCAAUAGUUUCCUCAGAAGACAAUUUGAGACACCACCUUGUUAAUCUAAUUAUUUAUUGCAGUUUUUCCAUACUUGAGCUACAUGUUAGUAACUAUAACAUCUUGAUCAUGUGUUUUUGCUCAAGGACUUUUUUUUAAUAUUUAUUGUAUACUUUAAGAUAAAGAUUUGGCUUUGAGAUGCAGAUAUCUUGGUUUUGCAGCUGAUGGGCUGUGUUCUCGUGUAAACAGUUACCUGUUUAUUUAUUCCAGUGUCAUAUAUGAGUCCACAAUAAAAAUCUUAAGUACUUUCA